AUGGCGCCCUAUGCAUGGGUCCGCUUCAUAUGCACACAGACAGACAUCGAAGACAGAACUAAGGCCUGUUGCCAGCUGAUCGUUGUCCUGGACGCUCAGGGUGUGGACUUCUCGAAGACCCCUCUGGAUGCGCCUCAUGACUUGAGGACGAGUCCAUACCCCACUCCAAGAAUUUCUCUCGAAGGUGCUCAUAUCGUUCUCCGAAGCAUCCAUAUAUUUUUCUCUUAUGGCUUGCUGUUCUGUCCUUGCUUUUUCUUUCUCAGUACAAGGUUCUCCACCAAUAUGUAUAGUCAGGUUGUCCGUUAUGAAAAGAUCCUUUAUCACGAGAGCCAGGGACCUUCCUACAUCGAUGAUGGAUUCGUUUUUCAUCUUUGCAUGGACGACUCUGUGGAGGAUGUCGUAAUAGAACGUACCGAGGAGAUCUACAUGAACAGAAUGGUCAGGAUUUGCCGCCAAGAAAGUGCCCACGUCAGUUUCCGAAGGGGUAAUAAAUGCAUUGACAGAUAUGACUCGGUGAUUAUAUCCUUGUCAAAGCCCCAGUACUAUUGCGUUAAAGCAGAGAUAUUCAUUGACUCUCAGAUUCCGGCAUCACUGGCGGAGAUAGGGAAAUACAGAAGCGAGAUUGAUACCGACGCGUUUGAUCCUUUCCUAGGGAUUGUUAUAACCAUGGGAUGA